UCUUCUUUUUUUGAUCAUGGCACAAUGCACACUAGUUGGUGUCAUUUCUUUCAAUCAUCCUAUGACCACACCACAAAAUUUCUUGUAAGUCAAAUGUCUCCCAGCUCGUGCUCCUCCUCAAGCAACAGAAUAUUGCAGAUAUUAAAAAAAAAAUCAUUGACAUAAAAAAGAAGCAUGUCAUCAAAACCAGACAUGUAUGAACCAAGAAAUAUCCUUAUUACUGGAGCAGCUGGUUUCAUAGCCUCCCAUGUCACUACAAGGCUAAUAAACAACUACCCUACCUACAAGAUUGUAGCUCUUGAUAAGCUAGACUAUUGCUCCACUUUCAAGAAUCUUCAAUCAUGCAAUUCAUCACCAAAGUUCAAAUUCAUCAAGGGUGACAUAGCAAGCGUUGACAUUGUGAAUCAUAUCUUGAUAGAAGAGGAAAUAGACACCAUUAUGCAUUUCGCUGCUCAAACCCAUGUGGACAAUUCCUUUGGGAACUCUAUGGAAUUCACAUAUAAUAACAUAUAUGGAACACAUGUGCUUCUUGAGGCCUGCAGGGUCACGAAUUGCGUUAAAAGGUUUAUUCAUGUUAGCACUGAUGAAGUUUAUGGUGAAACUAACUUGGAGACUGAUAUUGGAAAUCAUGAGGCAUCUCAGCUUUUACCAACCAAUCCUUACUCUGCAACAAAAGCUGGUGCAGAAAUGUUGGUGAUGGCUUAUCACAGGUCUUAUGGCCUUCCAAUUAUAACUUCUCGCGGCAACAAUGUGUACGGUCCGAACCAGUACCCAGAAAAGCUUGUUCCUAAAUUCAUUCUUCUCGCCAUGAAAGGCCAGAAAUUGCCGAUCCACGGGAACGGAUCCAAUGUGAGGAGUUAUCUUUAUAGUGGAGAUGUGGCGGAAGCAUUUGAUGUGAUACUUCACAAAGGAGUGAUUGGCCAAAUAUACAACAUUGGCACUAAGAAAGAAAGGAGCGUCUUAGAUGUAGCAGAGGACAUUUGCAAGCUCUUCGGAUCGAACUCGAAAGAAGUUAUUGAGUUUGUUCAAGACAGGCCUUUCAAUGACAAGAGAUAUUUUCUGGAUGAUCAAAAACUGAAGAAGCUUGGUUGGGAGGAGAGAACUCCUUGGGAGGAAGGACUUAAGAUGACAAUUGAUUGGUACAAAAAGAACCCUGAUUGGUGGGGCGAUGUAUCCACUGCUUUAAACCCUCAUCCGCGUUUUUCAGCAAUCAAUCUCUCCGAUGAUGCUCAAUGGACCUUUCAAUAUGGAUACUCAAGAUUAUUGAGAUCAUUCACCGAAGUUGGACGCGCUAAUUCUGGGUUAAAAUUCCUCAUAUAUGGAAGGACUGGUUGGAUAGGAGGGUUGCUGGGAAAGCUUUGUGAUGAAGAGAGAAUUUCUUGGGAGUAUGGGAGAGGAAGGUUGGAAGAUAGGAAAUCACUUAUGGAGGACAUAAAGAGAGUGAUGCCAACCCAUGUGUUAAGUGCAGCUGGUGUUACUGGAAGGCCAAAUGUUGAUUGGUGUGAAUCACAUAAAGUUGAAACAAUAAGGACUAAUGUGGUGGGAACUCUAACACUUGCUGAUGUAUGCAAGGAACAUGGCUUAUAUAUGAUGAAUUUUGCAACUGGUUGCAUAUUUGAGUAUGAUAAAGAACAUCCUCUUGGGUCAGGCAUUGGGUUUAAGGAGGAGGACAAGCCAAAUUUCUCCGGUUCAUUUUAUUCAAAGACCAAGGCCAUGGUGGAAGACCUUCUCAAAGAUUAUGAUAAUGUCUGCACAUUGAGAGUUAGAAUGCCAAUAUCAUCAGAUCUUAGCAAUCCAAGAAACUUCAUAACAAAGAUUUCUCGUUAUAGCAAGGUGGUAAACAUACCUAACAGCAUGACCGUGUUAGAUGAGCUCUUACCCAUAUCCAUUGAGAUGGCUAAGAGGAAUUUAAAAGGGAUAUGGAACUUUACCAAUCCAGGAGUUAUAAGCCAUAAUGAGAUACUGGAAUUGUAUAGGGAUUACAUGGACCCAAAAUUUAAAUGGGAGAAUUUUACUUUGGAAGAGCAGGCAAAGGUAAUAGUUGCUUCUAGGAGUAACAAUGAAAUGGAUGCUUCCAAGCUCAAAAAGGAGUUCCCAAAUUUGUUGUCCAUCAAAGAUUCCAUUAUCAAAUUUGUCUUUGAGCCUAACAAGAAAAUAUGACAAUCAUACAACUUUUUCACUUUCCAGUGACCUUUGUAUCUUUUUUUUUUCAAUUUGAAAGUUUGAUUAUACAAAUUCAAAUGUAUAGGCUUAUAUAUUCGUUGUUCUUUCUGUAAUUAAUAUAGGAACUAUGUUAUUUCAUAGUAUCAUGGAUUUAUAAAUAUUUUAUAUGCGAUAGCC